CGCCGCGGCUGCGUCUUGCACCUUUAGCUAGCCUAGCUAGCUAGCCCGGACCGGUCGUCUCGUUGGUUCAGCUGGUGUUCCCCCCUCGUCGGAAACCCCACCAAGCCACCGUCACUCACAGUCACAGGCCGGCCGGCGGCCAAGCAUCCACUCACCUCUCCCUCGCCUCGCGUCCCAGCCAUGGCGCUCCAUACGGCGACGGCGCCGCUGGCGGUAGUCCUGCUGCUCCACGCCGCGGCGGGCGGCUCCGGGGCCGGGGGCUCGGGCGGCCACGCCGGCUGGUCCUCCGGCACGGUGAUUGGCUGCGCUGCGCCGGCCCCGGGGGCGGCCAACAAAGCCGAGGCGGCCGAGUCCUUCCGCGCCAGCCUCGCCCCGCUCCUCGCCGCGCUCCCGUCCGCCGCCGCGGCGACGGGGUUCGCCUCGCUGCCGCCGGCCUCCGCGGGGACCGGCGCGCGCGCGCUCGGCCUCUGCUUCGGGCCCGCCGCGCCGGCCGAGUCCGGCUGCGGGGAGUGCCUCCGGGCCGCCGUCGCGGCGGCGGCCGAGGCCUGCGACGACGACGUCCGCAGCGCCGGCGCCUGGCGCCCCGGCUGCGCCGUGGUGUACGCCGAAGAACACGCCUCCUUGGCCGACGAGGACGGCGGCGACUCGCGGCCGCGGUUCGGCGCCGGCGACGCGCGCUCGUACCCCGACAGCUUGGAGCAGAGGCUCGCAGACCUGGCCAAGGCCUUGGCCCAGCCCAAGCGGCGACCCCUGUGGAAGAUGGCACUAUCCGUCCUGUUCUACGUCCUGGCAGCCAUCGGAGCAGUGGCCGUCGUGUUCCUCCUGUGCGUGUUCUUGGCAGGCCGUUAUCUCGCGGAGAGCCUUUUGCAGAACGUGGAGGCAGCAGGUCUGCCACACGGGAACGCCUCCGCCGGAGCUGAGCAGGGCGAAGGGAUCGCCGUCUACAUCGCCGCGACCAAUGGCCCGGCGCCCGUCUGGUCGAUGGCGAUGCAGCUCCGCUUCCACUAGCCAAGCAAGCCUGCAGCGCGAGACAUUAUUGCCAGGGGAUGGAAGCCGGCGGCUGCGUCGUCGCCGGCUCUGAUCCUGUUGGGUGCCGUGCUAUGAUCUCCCGAGUCCCGAGCACUACUGCACUAGUAGUACUACUGGCAGAUCCUCUGGUUACGUUCGAUGAACAGCCUAAUUAGUUCCGUGCCCUAGUUAAUUCUUGCUCAAGCUGCUGAGGCUGCUAGAUGCUCGUGGAUUAACUUGACACGGUUAGUC